CAUCUUUUGCCAAAGAUUCCAACUGACCAUGAUGGUUUGCAGCAUUUUGGAUUUUCAUGGGUGUGUGUCUACAACCGGAUUCUUGUGAUUGGUGGCUCCCAUGCACCACGUGAUACUGCUUAUCCGCGACAAACUCUUGUGAUAACGAAUGUUGUUAUGCUUUUUGAUCCUUAUAGGAAAAGGUGGACCAGAUUAACAAGUAUGCGAACACCACGAUCUCACUUUACAUGCUCUGUUAUGUUGGGGAAGUCUAUGUUGCUGGAAGGCACAACUUAUCUUAUCCCUGAGGGUUUUCUCUUGCUGAGGUUUAUGAUCCGCUAAGUGAUCGGUGGGAGGAUGUGCCGGAAAUGCCGAACCCACAAAUGGACUGUCUAGGUAUAUCAUAUAAAGGCAAAUUUCAUGUUUUGAGUGACCAAGUAGGCUUGGCAGAGCAAAACCCAUCUGAAAUUUUUGAUCCAUCAAGUAAAACAUGGUACAUGGUCAAUGAUAUUUAGCCUUUUUCGAGGGCAAUGCAAUUUGUUGUUCAGGUGAUGGGGGAUGAUCAAGUUUAUACUGUGGUGGAUUGGGGUGAGAGCUUAGUUAAAACACGAUAUUGUUUAAGAGGAGAGUGGUACAAUGUUGGUGUCGUUCCUCCGGUUCGCCUGCCUGAUCACUCCCGAGAACUCGAGGCCUUUGGUUACGGUUUCAUUGCACUAAGACAUGAAUUAUAUGUUCUUGGAGGGAAAGUUCUCAAGUGGGAAGAUUCAGGAGCUGGGAGAUUCGAUGUGGUGAGGUUAGCUGGGGUGAGAGUUUGUGAUCCUUUACGGAGGCCAUUAAACUGGAGGGAAAUCCGGCCUAUGUGUAGUCUGGCAGGUGGAUCCAUCCUAGGCUGUGCCUCCAUGGAAGAAGAAUAAACUU